AUGAGUGAGCUCUUAGUACAGCAGCAAGCUCUGCUGCACUCAAUCUCUCGAUCUCUUGAAAACUUCAAGAAGAUUGGGAAGAAUAACUACACCGCCGCAAAGAUUCGGUCGAGAAUAACCAGCCUUAAGGAGACGUGGUUGCAAUGCGUUCAAGUUAACGCACAGCUGUUGCAAGCCUGCCCUGAGGACAACCGAGCUGCCUUUGACUACUUCAAGCACCAUCAAUUUGAUGCAAUCGAGGACAUCUACCAAGGUACGCUGGACUACAUGGUGGAGUGUCUGGAGGAGAUCGAGCCGCCAAGGACAUCCGACUCCGGGAGAGUCGACCUUUCAUCAUCAGCCGUCGGCUGCGUCGAUGCCGGCACGUGUCGUUAUGCCGCUCAUAUCGAAAUCCAUCCGAUAGGACGAUCACAUCCGGGCUUAACGACUAUGGCUUCAAUACUAAACUCGCUCACAAAUUAUUCUCCCGCGCCUAUAUCGCCUCAUAAUUCAUGGAGUCAUCUCGCCGAUCUCACUCUCGCAGAUCCGGAUCCUAUGAACUCCGACCCCAUAGACAUCCUUAUAGGUGCCGAUCUGUAUAGUGAGCUCAUUCUCGACGGGGUACGUAAGGGAAGCAGCGGCCAGCCCAUCGCUCAAAAUACAAUUCUCGGAUGGGUACUCUCGGGUCCGAUGUCUACGUUGCCGUCGUCAAGUCGAACGAUCACCGUUCAGCAUUGUUUGAGCUCGCUCUCUCUCGAUCGGGAGCUUCAAAACUUUUGGGAGAUCGAGGAAGUUUCUCGGCUCACGACAUUGAGUCCGGAGGACCAGCAAUGUGAGGAGCAUUUUCUCAAUACUCAUUCUCGCUGUUCUAAUGGCCGCUAUGUCGUGCGCCUCCCCUUCAAACGGGGCCCUCCGAUCGACAUCGGAGAUUCUUAUCAUGUCGCGGAACGUUGCUUGAAAAGCCUGCAUCGGCGGCUGUCAAAUAAUGUCGAGUUGAAGACGGAGUACACGGAGUUCAUGAGAGAGUACGAGCGACUCGGACACAUGCGACAAUGUCCCCUCUCCGCGCCCUUCUCCGAUCAAUGCGUCUACAUCCCACAUCAUGCAGUCAUAAAGGACCAUAGUGUAACUAGUCAUUUGAGAGUCGUUUUUAAUGCUUCAAGCCCCAGUUCAAACGCGACUUCCCUUAAUGAUCAUCUGUUGACCGGUCCGAAAUUGCAAGCAGACUUAGCCGCGGUCCUUCUAAGGUGGCGGCAGUUUAGAUACGUGUAUUCCGCGGAUAUCACGAAAAUGUAUCGACAGAUCCAAGUGGAUCCACGUGAUAUUGACUACCAGCGAAUCUUGUGGAUGGACGACAACGAGAUCAUACAAGCGUAUCAACUAUUAACAGUGACAUACGGUACUGCCUCCGCUCCGUAUCUGGCGUUACGCACGCUGCUCCAACUCUGCGAAGACGAAGGUCGUGACUUUGCAUUGGCGGUUGCAAUUCUUCUAGAAAAUCGUUUCGUCGACGACGCCCUUUUCGGCGCCGAUGAUAUCCCUCUCCUGCGCCAGAUGCGCGAUCAAUUGUGCGCAUUGUUACGUCGCGGACAAUUCGAGCUGAGGAAAUGGUCAAGCAAUUAG